AUGGCACUGGAGUUGGUUGAUUUUGAAGUGGAGGACAAGGUGGAAGAUUCGGUGGGUACAAAUGAGGUUGAAGCUGUUGUUGAGGUGAGAGGCAUGAUUGAUGAUUUAGUUGAUUGGGUAACACGCUUGGGGAACAAGGUGUCGUACAUGGUUGAGGAUUUUGUAAAUGAGCUUGUAGGCUUGGUGUACAAAGUGGGAGACAAGGUUGAGAAUUUUGUUGCAGAGGGGAUAGUCCAGAAACGCAUGGAUGAAGGGGCUGGUUAG